AUGAAGCAGCCCACCAAAAAAGAGACCUUCGGCAAUCUCGGUCCUUGGGCUGAACCAUCGUGGUACUCUUCACUCGCGUCGCCAUACUACAACAAGUCCCACAAACGAUUGCGCAACGCCUUACGAUCUUACAUUGACGACAAUGUAAAGCCAUAUAUGCUGGAAUGGGAGGAGAAAGGCGAGGCUCCAGUAGCGGAGCGCAAGAAGUGGGCUCGUACUGGCUUUGCAUUCGGCGAUGUGCCUGAGCCAUACAGACCCCAAGACGUACCAGGGCCUGCCGGCAUACCGGUGGGAGAGACGGACAUCUUCCAUCUUUUAGUAUCUACAGAUGAGAGUAGCCGCAUUGAGGGUGGUGUUGGUACUGCUCUAGGCGGUGGAAGUGUGAUUGGCGUCCCACCUAUCGUACACCAUGGCACAGAGGAACAGAAGCAGAAGUGGCUACCAGGGCUGUUCACCUGGGAGACAAGCUUCUGCCUGGGCAUUACGGAACCAAGUGGUGGUUCAGAUGUUGCCAACAUACAAACGACCGCGAGGAAAACCUCAGACGGCAAGCACUAUGUCGUAAAUGGUUACAAGAAGUGGAUCACUGGUAUGCCCACUGCUACACACAUGACAACCGCUGUACGCACCGGUGGCCCAGGCAUGGGCGGCAUCUCGGUCAUCGUUAUUCCCGUCGACUCGAAGGGCUUCACAUGGCGGCGCAUACCAAACAGCGGGCAAAACGGCGGCGGUGCCAGCUUUGUCGAACUCGAUGAUGUCCACGUACCAGUCGAGAACCUCCUCGGCAAGGAGAAUGAAGGCUUCCGGAUCAUUAUGACCAACUUCAACAAGGAGCGCUUUAUCAUGUCGAUUGGGUGUAAUCGCAAGGCCCGCACGUGUCUGUCUGAAUCGUUCGACUACGCGAACAAGCGUCACACUUUUGGCAAGCCUUUGAUUGCGAAUCAGAUCAUUAGCCACAAACUAGCCACCAUUGGACGGUACGUGGAGAGCCAUUGGGCUUGGCUCGAGCAGCUUGCAUACCACAUCCAGCAGUCUCCAUUAGGAUGGCAAGACCCGGAGAUCGCUGGGCAGAUUGCGCUGACCAAGGUGCAUGGGGGUCGCAUUCUAGAGAUGGCGAACCGUGAAGCACAACAGAUCUUUGGUGGAGCUGGGUAUCAGAAGGGUGGGCCUGGCGCUAUUGUUGAGCAAAUGAGUCGCGAUCUCAGGAUGAUGGUCGUCGGUGGUGGCAGCGAAGAGAUCAUUGCCGAUUUGGCUGUUCGGCAAGAAACUGCGCUGGCGAAGAGGAGAGGUUGGAAGUUGUGA